AUGGGUGCUAGCUCGAUCACGCCCAGGGACGCGUGCAAGUGGUGCCCGACGUUCCUGUGGGAUUGGUCCAGCAUUCUCUUUGGAAGAAGGCGUUUCUGCCCUUCUUCAUCCGUGAUACUCCUAGCUGCCAUGGGGAUAUGCGCUUCAACUUCCGUAGAGGACGAGCAAACCAGGCAGGCAGAGCAAGUAAUGCGUGAGGCAAAAAGGACUACACAACGUCAAACCAAGGUACUACUAUUGGGUACUGGGGAUUCGGGCAAGAGCACUAUUCUCAAGCAAAUCCGGGUAAUCAAUUCUGUGCCGUUCACCCCUCAGGAGGUGGAAACCUUUCGACAAAUCAUUUUCUCGAACCUAGUUCAAUCUAUGGGUCUCAUUCUUGAAAUCAUGGACGACGAGGCUUUCAACAUCGGCUGUUCAGACAACCUCAGACAACUAUUUGAAACUGUUCGAGGAACUCCGGAUAUUGUGGAUGGCCAACCGUACCCUAAAGAGUACCAGAGUGUCUUACAGGCCAUAUGGGACGACGUGGGCGUCCAAAAGGCUGUUACCAUUGGGUUCAAGCUGGCACUACCAGACAACAGCUUUCAUUGUCACUCAAGCGAGCUUUUUUUCUACCUAAGCUAUUUUGCCGACUUACCGAGGCUCUUUGCCCACGACUACGUACCCACGGAACAGGACAUCCUGUAUUCGCGGGUGCGAACUUCGGGAAUCAAAGAGACGGAGUUCACCGCUGGGAAACGACAGAUAUCUGUUGUUGACGUCGGAGGUCAACGCUCGGAAAGAAGAAAGUGGAUACAUUGCUUCCAAGACGUGACUGCGGUUCUUUUCAUCGUUUCAUUGUCUGGAUACGACCAAUCACUCGUAGAAGACAGACAAACAAAUCAAAUGCAAGACGCGAUGACAGUGUGGGAGUCGAUAUGCUCUUCGCCAUGGUUUGAACGGACGUCUUUUAUUUUGUUUCUGAACAAGGAAGAUAUCUUCAAGAAAAGGAUUGCUCAUUCCAGCAUUCGACGGUUCUUCCCUGAUUAUGAUGGCAAAGACGACUACAAGGAUGGAGAACGCUAUUUUAAACGAAGGUUUCUUCACCUACAUAAUAAAGGUUUACAGACGUUGGCAAGCACAGCUGACUCAUCCACGCGACCGAAGAUUCCAUCGAAAGUCGCAAGCACGGAUGCGCGUCAGAUGUAUUCAUACAUUACGACAGCGACGGACACAAACGUUGUCAGAAAUGUCCUAGGGUCUGUCAACGACAUCAUUCUACGAAACAAUCUCGCACUCAGCGCGAUCGUGAUCAUGGAUGCCACAGAGUCCGAAACCGCCCGACCUGUACCUGCACUAGUCAAGCAGACUCCAUCUUUGGAAACAAGGAGUUAUGUAGACGAGCAAAACGCGCUAGCCGAGCAGAUCAUGCAAGAAGCGAAACAAGAGCAAAUGACACACUCGAAGUUUCUCUUACUUGGAACUAGGGGCUCCGGCAAAAGCACCAUUCUCAGGCAAAUGCGUGUUAAUAGCAACACUGCGCCCUUCACUCCGAAAGAGGUUGAAGCCUUUCGGCAGAUCAUUUUCUCGAACAUGAUCGACUGUAUGAUGCUGAUUCGGGAAAUUAUGGAAGACGAGGCGUUCGACCUCGACUGCCCAGAGGAUAUUACAGUGAGUGGGCGUCUUUGCCCCGAGAUGUCUCAUUUAUAUUUUCACGAACUCUGCAUGGAUUGCGGAUUCAAAUCGUCAUCUUUGACACAGCAACUUUUCGACGAGGUUCAGUUGGCCGGAAAUGUCUCUGAAGGAGAUCCCUAUCCUUCUCGGUACUUCUCUGUUCUUCAGAGGCUUUGGAAUGAUUCGGAGGUGCAAAAGGCGCUUCGAAUUGGAUACCAAUUUGCAUUGCUGGACAACAUGAGAUACUUCUUUAGCAAUCUUCCUCGGUUGUUCAACGCCAGCUACACUCCCACCAAACAGGACAUCCUGCACUCGAGAUUAACAACUUCGGGAGUCACCGAAACCCAGCUUUCCUUUCGCACUGCAAAGAUGUCCAUCAUUGACGUUGAAUGA